CGCAACGAUUCCAUACGAGUUCUAUACGAAGUUGAAAUUAGUCACAAAAACGAUAAUAUAAUGACCACUGCUAUCACUUCGGGUACAAAACGAAAAGCUGAUUCAUUGGAUGAAUUGAGUGCUUUAGAGGGAUUGACUUACGAAGAAUAUGUUCAAAAAGAUAAUGAAAGGCUAAGACAAGAGAUGAGAGAUUUGAAAGACUCAUUGGAAAGACAACAAAGACAGAAGGAUAGACUUGAAGAGAGACUGAAAAAUGAGUUGGAAUUGAGACUAAAGGAGAAGAGAGACAAUGAAAGUACAUUACAUUCACAAAGACUGGAAUUGGAGAAAAUGAAGAAAGAAAGACAACUCUUUGAAAAUCAAUUGAAGACUAAAGAGUCAGAAUUGAAUAAAAUUAGGACUGCAUUGACAGCCGACGCAUCCAAAGAUGACUUUCAUUGCGACAAAUGUGACUUCAAAACCAAGUCUGAAGUGUCACUUAUUUUGCAUACAAUUAAUCACAAGUUGUCUCAUCCGAAUCAAAGACGGCUUAUUCUUCAUCCAAAUAUGUUUAGUAACCGAAACCCAAACAAUUCGUAUCUCUAUAUGUGUCCCAUUUGUGACGGCACUGCUCUGACUCGUAAUGAGAUUUAUCCUCAUAUUUAUCAAAAUCACACCAAAGAGAUGGCUUACAAAUGCAAUGAAUGUGACAUUUACUUCACUCAUAUUGAUUAUCUUAGGACUCACCACAAACACGAACACGAAAGGAGUAAAACAAACAGAUUGAAGACAACUAUAACCAUAUCUGGUUAUGAGAUACCAAAAGACCCGCUCAUUACAACCGUAUAUAAACCAACAGCGAAUAGAGGCACUCAAACAGUAAUGUUUUCAGCCAAUGGCACACCUAUUGAGACACCGACUGCUGGAACCAGUUCUGGAACACCUUCAACACCUACGAUAUACGCUUAUUCGCCACAAGUGAUGGCCGAUGAAGUGUUAAAGUGUUCAUUUCCUCACUGCUCUUUCACUACUAAUAAUAAACAAAAGUUAGAGUUUCAUCUGAGCGCUCACACAAACUCUAAGUAUAAGUGUCCGUAUUGUGCAUAUGUGGGUAAUAUAUUGAGUGAUAUAUACCGACACAUUAAGAAAAGUACAAAACAUGACGGGAAAAAAGUAUUUGAAUGUAAAUCACAUCCAAAAUGUAAUUACAGUAUUGAUUGUGAAAAGACAUUUAAAGAACAUUUAAGAACAAGACAUUUCAGAGAUGAUACUUCAGAUAAGGACAUCGAUGCUGUUGUCGAAGAUCUCUUCAUAAAUAAAGCAACCAAUGGAAGCACUUCAACCACUUAAUACUU